AUGCGCAAAUUUCUUUCCUCAUUGUUCUCGCCGCGACGCUUUUCGGCAAUGCGACCUCUGGUAGCUGUUGUGGGUGCCACGGGCACAGGCAAGUCCAAGCUUGCAGUUGAUAUUGCUUCUCGGUUCAAUGGCGAAAUCAUCAAUGGAGACGCGAUGCAGAUGUAUCGUGGCCUCCCUAUCAUCACGAAUCAGAUCCCCGUCGAAGAAUGCAAUGGCAUACCACAUCAUUUGAUCAAUUGUAUAGACUUGGAGGAGAGCCCAUGGCGAAUUUCGAGGUUCCGAAAAGAGUGUUUACGCCUCAUAGAUGAUAUUCAUUCGCGAGGGAAACUGCCUGUGUUAGUCGGCGGUACCCACUACUAUACACAAUCUGUGCUGUUUCAGGACCAGCUGGUGGCUAAGGAGUCAGACUUGUCAGAAGAAGAGGUUAAUUCCUGCCCAGCGGAGGAUGUUGACUCAGCGGUCAAGUGGCCCAUUCUUGAUGCGGAGCCGGAGCUGGUGUUGCAGAAAUUACGCAAGGUUGAUCCCAUAAUGGCGGAACGGUGGCACCCAAAAGACACACGCAAGAUCCGUCGAUCAUUGGAAAUAUAUUUUCAGACAGGGAAGCCAGCAUCACAGGUGUAUGCCGAGCAACGGCAGCCGAAACCAGCGGCAGCAAGAAAAGAUGAUCCUGCUGCCGGCGCAGGACAAUUACGCUUUAAUACCAUGAUAUUCUGGGUGCACUCUGAAAAGUCCACACUGCAAGAGAGAUUGUUUAAGCGUGUCGAUGCCAUGGUUGACCAGGGAUUAUUAUCUGAGGCAAGCCGUAUGACAGAUUACAUCCAAAAGAAUGAGGCCCAAGAUAUCAUUGUCGACCAAACCCGGGGAGUCUGGAUAUCUAUCGGAUUCAAGGAACUAGCGCCUUAUUUUGAUGCUCUUAAAGACAGCUCUAAGACAGAGAAAGAACUAGAGAGCAUCAGGCAAUCAUGCAUCGAGUCAGUUAAGAUUGCAACCCGUCAGUACGCCACGUCUCAAAUCAAGUGGAUUCGCAACAAGCUUUGGAAUGGGCUUGCGGAGGUGGGCAUGACCAGUCGUCUGUAUAUUCUGGACAGCACGGAUGUCGAAGACUGGGCAAUGCGCAUCACAGAACCAUCAGAGCGCCUUGUGGAAGCUCUCUUAAAUGAUGGGCCUUUACCGGACCCUAAAUCACUCUCAGAGUUGGCAAGGGUAACUCUAGACGCUAAGGAGACACAACCGCUACCAUCUAACCAGGGUGCGACAAAGUGUAUUACUUGCGAUAUCUGCCGCAAGACAAUGAUAAACGAGGAGCAGUGGAAAGUACAUAUGCACAGUAGCGCUCAUAAGAGGGUUCUGAAGAGUCUGGCGAGGAAGGGAGAGCGAGCUGCAUAUCUACGGAGGCAACAAGAGAGUCUGGAGAACACCGAACAGCAUGUUCAGGAUAGCACCAAGGAGCUGGACUCACAAACACAGCAAAAAGAAGUCGUUGAAUAA